UAGGGUUGGUAGAAGGGGAAGAGGGUUUGAAGUUGAAAGAAGCAGUGAGAUCAGAGAGCGAGAGAGAAAGAGAGACAAUGGCGUCAGGCUGGGGAAUUACAGGCAACAAAGGUCGGUGCUACGAUUUCUGGAUGGAUUUCAGCGAAUGCAUGUCUCGCUGCCGAGAACCCACGGAUUGUGGUCUUCUCCGUGAAGAUUACCUCGAGUGCCUCCACCAUUCCAAAGAGUUUCAACGACGUAACCGGAUUUACAAGGAGGAACAGCGCAAAAUAAGGGCUGCUGGCAAGAAAGCCAAGGAUGAUGGGGUUGUUAAGGAACAUCAUUAGCACCCCGUUGUCAACAUUUUCAAUUUAAGCUCUGAACGAUUAUUUUGUUAAAACGUUUGUAAUUUGCUUGGAUCGGUAUUCCUGCAUAUUCUGUCAGCCCAUAUUUUAACUUGAGUUUGCAGACUUCAUUUUCCCUGUGCAAUAAUCCAGAGAUCAUCUUGGAACUGCAAGUUAGACCAUAAGUUUGCUGAGUUUCGUAAAUGUCUUUUGAAAUGCAAACGUGAUGGCUGAUAAUUGAAAUCCACGAAAUGAAAAUAUCUACAGCAUACAAUUUUA